AUGAUACCAGGAAGUGACGAGUGUUUUGCAGAUAAUGUGCGUAGAUCAGUAAAUUUCUGUAUUGAAAGCAUCGAUAUGGAUGAAGGUCACGAGACGCUACAGUCUCAUCGAGUAUGGGUACAUUUAGCCGCCGGCUCAUUGGCCGGUCUUACGGAGCAUUGUGCUAUGUUUCCGUUCGAUUCCAUCAAAACACGUCUACAGAGUCUCUGUCCUUGUCCGGAAACGAAAUGUCCAAGUGCUAUGCAUGGCCUCGUAUCGAUUGUUAAGCAUGAAGGUUGGCUACGACCCUUACGAGGUAUCAACGCCAUGGCUCUUGGCUCAGCGCCUGCCCAUGCUGCCUAUUAUACAGUUUACGAAAAGUCAAAACUAUUCCUAACGGAUCGAACCAGUGGUGGCUUCAAUGGAUUUUCNAUUAUGAAUCCAGCUGAGGUCGUCAAACAACGAAUGCAAAUGAUCUACAGCCCGUAUGGUAAUAGUUUGCAAUGUGCAAAAUGUAUAUUCAAACGAGAAGGUAUCGCGGCAUUCUAUCGGUCCUACAACACACAAUUAAUCAUGAACAUUCCUUAUCAGUGCCUUCAUUUCAUCACCUAUGAAUUUAUGGAAGAUUUAUUCAAUCGAGAACGUAAAUACAGUCCUGGCUCACAUCUUGUGGCUGGAGGUGUCGCCGGAGGUUUGGCGGCUGCACUAACCACUCCUUUGGACUGUGUGAAAACCGUUUUGAACACGCAGCAAACACCUGAGGUGAACGGAGGAUAUCGUGUAUUGCUUAAAAGCACUUCACCUGAUAUCACUACCACUUCAUAUAGUGGCAUUGUGGAUGCGCUACGAAAUAUUUAUUAUUUGAGAGGACCGUUGGGUUUCUUCAGAGGCAUUCAAGCCCGAGUAAUCUUUCAAGUACCAUCCACGGCAUUGAGUUGGUCUGUUUAUGAGUUAUUCAAAUAUGUCCUCUCGUUAGAGAAUAAUAAUGUGAGCGUUGUUUGA